AUAUAUAAUAUAUAUAUUAGUAUCUCUGCUGGAGGGAGACCCUUGGGUUCCACUCAGACAGACUCCAUGAGAACCAGCCCCUUCAACAGACCCCACGCAAACAGAUGAGAGGGAAGAAGGAGCCCAAAGAAGGAGUUCCUUCCCUCACCAAAGUAGGAACAACUCAGCCUCAGACACGGCAGGAAGGGCUCUGAAAGGCUGAAAGACUAGGCAGGACUGUGUGAGGCUGGGGGAAGGGGAGGGACCGGCCUGCACCAGGGGGCGUGGCUCCACCCUUGCCACCUCAGAGCCAUGGGGAGCCGGGGGCCUGGCGGGCUGCCCCUGGUGCAGGUCCCCUACACGGUUCUGCUGCUGCCUCUGGAGACGAGCCGCCAAGAGCCAGGAGCCAGGAGCUUCUUCCUCUGGCUGCAGAGGAUGCAAGCUCUGGAGCGGGAGCAGGAUGCCCUGUGGCAGGGGCUGGAGCUGCUGGAGCAUAGCCAGGCCUGGUAUGAGGGCCGUCUGAGGGAGGCCCAGCAACAGCAGCUGCAUCUGGGUGCCCUUGGUGAGAAUUUUCUAACAGAUUUACAGUCAGAGGCUGGUGGCCCCCAGUUAGCCCAGAUUCAAAAGGUGAACAUCUGUUUGCAGAAUCUGAUUCAGGGGAAGUUCUCGCCACAUCCCUUGAACAAAGCUAGUUCCUGUGACACCCAGGACUGGGAGGAAACGCCAAGGAAGCAGAACUUGUGGCGGCAACAGGAGGGGUCAAGGCAGCAGAAAGAAGUCAUUCAGCCAAAGGGAGCGAUGGCUCAGCCGGGCUGCCCCAGUGGACAGAGGGGUCCUACCCGUGUCUAAGGUCUCCUCUGGUUCCCUUCAGCUGUGCCAGCAAGGCUGAGUCAGAAUCCCCAAACAGCCUGGUGUAAAGGUUCUUCUCUGCUCCUGAAAACUUCUGCUUUAUCUUUUUGGUACUGUACUCACUCUUCCCUAUGUGCUGUGCAUAAGUGAUCUUUCUUUGAACUCCCUCUGAGUAGAAGACAUGUUUAUUGACAUUGUCCUUUGACUUUAAAUACAAAAAUAAAAUAGAAGCGUCUCCAGAA